CAGCACACCUAAAAGAGAACGACGGAGAGUGACGUAAACACGAACGGUUGAUACAACUCGCCGCCGAAGCAAAAGAUAUAUCAGAAAUCUCCCAUUACCCUUUUCAGAAAGAUCUUCACUUUCCUUCCUCAAUCAGUGAUUGCUUCUCUUUAGUCUUUACUCUCUUCCAGGAUGUUAAUGAUGGGAAAAUUAGGAACAUUGAUCCACACCGGUAGAUUCCUUCUCCGCCGCUUCUCAGAACCUCCACCGGCGGUAGCUGUGUCUGUGGCCCCGAAUCGCGUCUCCUUCCACCGUUUUUACUCGUCUAAGUUCAUCUCUCCACUUGUCUCGCCAUUUUCUUCUUUAUUCAGACCUUCAGCAUUAAGUAGCUCAGCUUUCUCAUCUUUUUCAACAACUACAAGAAUCGAAGUCGACUCUACAGAGCAUGAAGUUGUGAUAGCCUUGGGAAGCAACAUCGGAAACAGGAUGAACAACUUCAGAGAAGCGUUACGGUUAAUGAAACGCGGCGGCAUUUGUAUAACCAGACACAGUUGCUUGUACGAAACAGCUCCAGUCCACGUGACUGACCAACCAAGGUUCCUCAACGCUGCAGUGAGAGCUGUCACCAAGCUUCCACCUCACGAGCUUUUAACCGUUCUCAAAACAAUCGAGAAAGACAUGGGACGUAAAGAUGGUAUACGUUACGGACCUAGACCACUCGACUUGGACAUAUUGUUCUACGGGAAGAUGAGAAUAGCUUCUGAGAAACUCAUCAUCCCACACGAGAGACUAUGGGAAAGGUCGUUUGUAUUAGCACCUUUGGUUGAUUUGCUUGGAACAGCUGUUGAUAAUGAUACGGUCGCACACUGGCACUCGCUCGCAUUACAUCCCGGUGGAAUUCACCAAGCGUGGGAGAGACUAGGUGGAGAGUCACUGGUUGGAGAAGACGGUAUACAAAGAGUGUUACCAAUAGGAGAUAAACUCUGGGAUUUUACUAGCAGAACUCAUGUGAUGGGUAUACUUAAUCUAACACCUGAUAGCUUUAGUGAUGGUGGACAGUUUCAGUCGUUAGAUUCUGCAGUUUCUCGUGUUAGAUCAAUGGUCUCUGAAGGUGCUGAUAUAAUUGAUAUAGGUGCACAGUCUACACGACCAAUGGCCACUAGAAUAUCUUCUCAAGAAGAGUUGGAUAGACUUUUGCCUGUUUUAGAAGCUGUUCGUGGCUUGCCAGAGAUGGAAGGGAAGCUCAUAUCAGUGGAUACUUUUGACUCCGAGGUUGCUUCAGAAGCUAUAAGCAACGGAGCUGACAUUCUGAAUGAUGUAUCUGCAGGAACCUUAGACUCGAAUAUGCAUAAGGUUGUUGCAGAAUCUGGUGUUCCUUAUAUGGCUAUGCACAUGAGAGGAGAUCCAUGUACAAUGCAGAAGGAAGAGAAUCUGCAGUACGGUGAUGUAUGCAAGGAUGUUGCUUCUGAGUUAUAUAUGAGAGUAAGAGAUGCAGAAAUCUCUGGGAUUCCAGCUUGGAGGGUUAUGAUCGAUCCAGGGAUUGGGUUUUCAAAGAGAGUGGAACACAACUUAGAUAUUAUAACGGAUCUUCCUAAAAUCCGGGAAGAGAUGGCCAAGAGAAGCAUAGGAGUGUCUCAUGCUCCUAUACUUGUAGGACCUUCAAGGAAGAGAUUCUUGGGAGAUAUUUGUGGGCGUCCUGAGGCAUCUGACAGAGAUGCUGCAACUGUUGCUUCUGUUACUGCUUGCAUUUUAGGAGGUGCUAAUAUCAUUAGAGUUCAUAAUGUUAAAGAUAAUGCAGACGCAGCAAAACUAUGUGAUGCGAUGCUGAGAAGAAGAAGCUCAAAAAGAUGAUUAGAGGAAAUAUCACUAUAAUUUGGGUCUGUUUCAGAUCGAUACGACAGGAGGCUAGAUAACAGCAAUAUGCUGAGUGAGUCAACAUAUCAGUUUUGAUCUUGUAUUGGCAAGAUUUUGGAUAUUAUGGUUGUUUGUAUCUCUCCAAUCUAUGAUCUCUUUCAAAUUGUUGAUGCGCAAUAGCAUUUUAAAUUUUCAUUCCUAGAAUUUCUACUUGUAUCAUAAUACUUUUUCAAGAUAAAUGAAUGAUCAUGG